AUGACCAUUUCCGUGACGUUUUGUUUGUUUGUUUCACUCCUAGGUGUCACCCACGGUGUUUCCAUAACAGCCUAUGGCGCGGUGGGCAAGAACGUGACUCUCAGUCCUUCGCUGGAUGGCAAAGCAUUCAGAGACAUCACUUGGAAGAAACAGAAAGAUAAAGUUGUAGAAUGGUUUGGAGACUCUCAGGAGAAGGAUUUCCCACCAUUUACUGGCAGGGUUGUUCUGGACAGGACGUCGGGGAACCUCACCAUCUUCAAUCUGACGGCAUCCGACGAAGACGAGUAUGAGGUUGAACUCUCAGAUCUGAGAACUACCGUCUCUCUUCUGGUGUUUGAGUUGCUACCUUUUCCGAUAUUAAAUUGCACCUUGAAUGAGGAAAUCAUCAGAGUCCAGUGUGUGAUCCCGAAGCAUUACACCAGUCACCUGGGCUUUAUACAGUACUUCUGGGCUUGCCCUUCAGCACAGUGUAAUGAGACCGUGGGGCAUGAACUACAUUUCAAUAAGAGUCAUCUUCCAAAGGAAGUGUGGUGUACUGUCAGCAAUCCCGUAUCCAACAUGAGCUCAUCAAUGGCUUUGGAAAGCUGUGUGCCAAAGGAGACGUUCAGGAAACAUUGGUGGAUUAUAGCAGCAUUCAUCGCUGUAGCAGGAGUAGCAAUACUUUUAACGUAUUAUUUUAUAACAGGUUUGUAA